GCUCCUGUCGUCGCUGCCCGCGGUCCUCUUGCACCCGCGGUCCUGUAGCUGCAUCCUCGCUGCUCAUCCUUCUCACAGGGGAACCAUUCUCUAAGCUUGCAGAAUGUCAUCCAUCAAGCAUCUCGUCUAUGCAGUCAUCCAUUUCUUGCGGGAACAAAGCCAGAUAGAUACUUAUACUUCAGAUGAGCAAGAAAGCUUGGAAGUUGCAAUUCAGUGCUUAGAGACGGUUUUCAAGAUCAGCCCAGAAGAUACUCACCUUGCUGUAUCACAGCCACUGACAGAAAUGUUCACAAACUCCUUCUGUAAGAAUGACAUUUUGCCACUUUCGAAUUCUUUGCCUGAAGAUGUGGGGAAAGCAGAUCAAUUGAAGGAUGAAGGUAAUAACCACAUGAAAGAGGAAAACUAUGGUGCUGCAGUGGACUGCUAUACCCAGGCCAUAGAAUUGGAUCCCAAUAAUGCAGUUUAUUAUUGCAACAGGGCUGCUGCCCAAAGCAAACUAGGUCACUACACUGAUGCAAUAAAAGAUUGUGAGAGAGCGAUAGAAAUCGAUUCCAAGUACAGCAAGGCCUAUGGGAGAAUGGGGCUGGCCCUCACUGCCAUGAAUAAAUAUGAAGAAGCAAUUACAAGUUAUCAAAAAGCUUUGGAUCUUGACCCAGAAAAUGAUUCUUAUAAGUCUAAUUUGAAAAUAGCAGAACAGAAAUUAAGGGAGGUGGCCAGUCCUACAGGAACAGGACUGAGCUUCGACAUGGCUAGUUUGAUCAACAAUCCAGCCUUCAUUAGUAUGGCAGCAAGUUUAAUGCAGAACCCUCAAGUUCAACAGCUCAUGUCAGGAAUGAUGACAAAUGCCAUUGGGGGUCCUGCCGCUGGGGUUGGAGGCCUAACUGAUCUGUCCAGUCUCAUCCAAGCGGGACAGCAGUUUGCUCAGCAGAUACAGCAGCAAAAUCCUGAGCUCAUUGAGCAGCUGAGAAAUCACGUUCGAAGUCGAUCCUUCAGCAGCAGCACUGAAGAGCACUCCUGACUCGAUGGGAGGCGCAUCUCCUAGAACUAGAAUGUGAAUGGUUUUAUAGGCCUGACAUGUUUACUGUAGUUAAUGGGGGGAGGAGGGGGGGAAGGAAAGAAAGGAAGGAAGGAAGGAAGAAAAAGAAAGAAAGGAAGGAAGGAAGGAAGGACAUCAUUUUAACUCUGCUGCUUGGAAAGGAGAUGAAGAGAAAAUCCUUGGUGUGUUUCUUUAAGAAUAAAUCUGUAUAGGAAAUAGAUUUACCACACACAGACUUGAACAUAUCAUUGUAUGUAAGUGAUUCCUUUGUAAAUGAAUAUUUAAUAGCCUUGUUAACUAAGAUACCAACAUAACAGUUGACAAGAUUCCAUUUUCAGUCUCUGUCCUGUGUAUUAGUAUUGUGUCAGGCCUCUUCACAGGAGAUGUUCAUCAAACCCUAGAGCUGUUUGUUGGUGAGGUCUCUGGCUCAGAAUUCCUUUAAGAGAGUUGUUAGGGCGAGGGCAAGGAAAGGUUUUUAAAUGCCACCAUAUUCCUUUUGAUGUUGCAGGCAGGCAUCUUUUGCUCUGUGUCCCAGAAGUAACAUAUUUGCACCUGAGUAGCAUGGAGUCCAGGGUAGCACAGCUCGAUCACCCUGGGGGGGCGGGGGGCAGGGGGUUCCCUUCUGGCAUUGCUCACCUCUGAGAAUCCAGACUGUAGUGAUCAGUGUUAGCUUUAGUGUUGCUCAUGAUAAUGGGUGAGAAGAAAACCAGGAGCUGGUGAAAAGCAAAGCUUGGGGAAAUAAAAAGUAAUUUAGGGGGAAAAUGCAAGGUCAGGGAGCAGAGGAAGGAAGGUGAUACAGAGAAUGAAUGGGGAUGGGGUGCCCAGAUUUUCUAUGCAUCAGACCCAUAGUGUGGUACUGAUAGUAUUUGCAUGGCCAGCUGUGUUCUUUAUAAAAUAUGCAUACAUAUGCAUAGAUAGAUAUGAAUGUGCAUAAUGAAAUAUGCUUAGAAAUCUUUUGUGGUGAUACUUAAGCCAGCCAUGUAACAGUAUCCUUUAGCACAAUUUUACCAGUGGAAACCUCACCUUGAGGAAAAAAAAACAAGAACUAAAUUUGGGUCAGAAUAUACAUUAGGUUCAAUAAAUCAAUGGCUUGGACUUGAGGGUUUUCUAAGUGCAUUUAAUUAUGUUCUAAUAAAUAAACAUUGGAUUUUUGA